UCAGCCGUGUCCAGCGUCCUUGCAUGUGCUGGUUUAAUACCAUUGCCUCGUAUUUCUUGUUUACUUUAAGCUGUCUCGACAUCAUGAAACGUCCAAGACGACCGAAAUAUGGAGACUGGUCUGCCAACUCUAUGAAUUUUCCAAAAGACGACGCCUUUAGGACUUCGAGUUCGUCUUCCUCGAGUGUCUCUAAUAUAUGCUUUAUGCAUCCAGGCUUGUGGUAGGUGGUAGAAAGUGACUCUCAGACCAUCGGGUUCAUCUCCAAUGGCAAAGAACCGAGAUGGAAAAAGGUGUCUGCCAUUUGAUCUCCCGUGGGGAACAUGAAAUCUGCACGGGAUCGGAAUAUUUAACAGAUUUACCAAAUUGCAUAUGAUGAAAAUGAAAGAGUUUAGAUAUCUUAAAAAGAUAUACGAAGAGUUUUACUCGAAGAAACUUCAGAGGAAAACAAUUAGAUGUGUAGAAUAAUGGACUUACCGUCAAAGGAUGUGAUAAAUAAUUGCGACUCAGAAUUAGGUUUGCGGUGAUCGGAGAUUGGUAUUAGAAACCUCUGAAAAUAAUUUUCGACGGAGAUGACGAAGAACUCCCAAAAAAAUGAGCGGUGAAAGAUACUAGGAGAGAGAUGAGUGUUGUAUCGAUUUUGGUGACGCAUGAGAAAGAGAAUAUAGGUGGUUUCGAAAUUGAAUAGGCUGUAGGUAGCGUUACACGAACCUAGGGGCAGAAUAGUCAUAAAAUCAAGCGCGUGUUGAUGAAAAAAGCACUUUUCCAUAUCUGCAAAUUAAGCGGUUAUGCUUGUAUAUGCAGUGCAAUUUCUCUAAAAUGUUUGUAUUGGUCCCUGAGAAAUUAUUUUCAUAAUGCUAGAUACUCUAGUUUUGUAAAGAAAAAUGUACCUAAUAGACCACAUGCACUAUCAUUUAACGUUGUCUUCACUGUCACUAUUUUCCUAAUAAUAACAUACAAAGUAAGGAAAAAAACAGAUUUUUAUUUAUCUAGGCAUGAUAAAAAUAAGCAAAUUUAAGCAAAAAAGAAGAAGAAAAAAGAAGCAAAUGUAGGAAAUCUGACUAAGAUAGAGAUGUAUAUAUUGAAGAAAAAAAUAACACUAGUUAGAGAGAAAAAAAUUCAAGAUAGUAAGAUAAAUAACUAUAUAAUAUUGAAGAAAACUAUAGAUAUGCAUUGUCAUUAGUUUGUAUGGUUUCAAUUUACCCUCAGAGAUUUAAUACCUUAAUAGUUAGACAGACAAUAAAGAAUCCUCUUAAUAAAUAGAGAGUUCAUUUCCUUGAAUCUAACACAAAAGAAAUAAGACAUCACUCAAUCCGACCAAAGUUUUACAAAACAAAUUGUUAACCAAGCUAUGUCUCCUUCAAACUCCUCCUCCUCACCCGAGACUGAUCAGAGACUCAAUGAUAUUGUUGUGGCCGUGCAGGAGAAGAGUACAAUGACGAAUCCUAAACAAGUGUCUCCUCGAGAGGUGGUGCCUGAAGUGAACAAUCCGACACAAGGGUCUCCUCAAGAGGUCGUGCCUGAAGUGCACAAUCCAACACAAGUGUCUCCUCAAGAGAUCGUGCCUGAAGUGAACAAUCCAAAACAAGUGUCUCCUCAUCCAGAGGUCGUGCCUGAAGUGAACAAUCCGAAACAAGUGUCUCCUCAUCAAGAGGUCGUGCCUGAAGUGAACAAUCAGAAACAAGCGUCUCCUCAAGAGGUUGUGCAUGAAAUGAACAAUCCAAAACAAGUGUCUCCUGGAGAGGUCGUGUCUCAAGUGAACAAUCCGAAACAAGUGUCUCCUCAAGAGGUUGUGCCUGAUCCGAACAAUCAGAAACAAGGGCUUCCUCAAGAGGUUGUGCCUGAAACUGAAAGCAAGAAAACUCAGAGGGCAAGUUUCGAGUUACGUGUUCUCCGAGCAAUAAACAAAUUGAUAAAAAAAUAUCCAUCGUUGGAUAAUCAUUCCCUUAUUUGUAACAUCUGCAAGAGAGGGUUCCCCAACGCUAACUCCCUAGGCGCUCACCAAAAGACCCACAAGCAUGACCUAGAGCUGGAAAGGAAGCUGAAGCAGGCGGAGCCAAUCUAUUCUCCUCCUGGUCCUGGACAAUGCUUUUGGAAGAAACAUGAUAACUCUUACCAAGGGGCUCCCUUAGUCACUCACAACUAUAACCGCCCUAAUUUAUCAGAUUUUAACCGUAGUGGUCUCUCUUUUGGUCCUUUUAAGCCUAAUGGAGGCGGUAACUACCCAUACCCUCCUUUCACAAUGAACCCGAGCUAUGGCUCACAUGAUUCAAAAAUUAUGAAUUCUAUUUCUCAACCUAAUACCUUAGGGAGCUGUAGCAACAACAACAACAAUAACAGUAGCUCACAAGGUGCAAUAUCACUUGAGCUCUCUCUUGGUCCAUCUAAGUGGAUGGGAGGCGGCAACAAUAACAGCAGCGUCUACCCAUCGUUGAAUGGUGGAGUCACUGGAGGAGGAAGCAUGGACCUGAACACGCCAGUGCGUCCUCUUGUGUCUCGAAAUCAUUUUUACAGCAAUUACCCGCUUGAUUCGUUCACUAGCAACGUUCCUCCUCCUCCUCCUCCUUCUCCAGCCACCAGUCUUUCUAAUGAUGAGAAUGUUCCGGGAUCUAGCCUCAUCUCGAAGGAGAAAAACAAAGCCAUGGUGGUUGAUGAUGAUGAAAAGGAUAACUGGGAGACUGGAGGUCAUGAUGCGGAUAAGCCGGCACAAGUUUAAGCUAAGAGUUGGGGUCGCUGUUCAUCUUCUUCCCUUUGUGGUUUUCAAUUUUAAAUGCUUUGUAUUGUCUCAUAACUAUUUGAAUCAUUUCUUCACCUCAUUCUCUUUUUCUCUCUUAUGCUUUGUUGUCUUUUGAAGAUUGAAAUGCUAUAUUUUGGGCUUCGUUAAUGUUUCGAUUUAUUCCUGAAUCCAUUUAUCUUUUUUCUCUA